AUGAAUAUGAUCUAAAUGUUAUUCACUAAAUUUGCUGAUAUUUUAUUAACAUCAAGAGCAUACCCCUUCCUUUAAUGUUAACCCCUGAUCCAAAACUAAACAAAAGAAAUUGGAAUUAUUUGGAAUAAGGAAAUAAACUUUAAUGUUUAGCAACUGCUCCAAAACAAUUGGAGAAGUGCUUAAACCAACGAAAUGAUUGUUUAAUUUUUUCUUGAAAAAGAUGGAAACUCAUUUUUGGUCGAGGAAUGGAGUCUUAUAUAAUCACAAAGUAUCAUGCUUAACAUGCUUACAGCCAAGAAGAACAACUCCUUACUCAAACAAAUAACAAUUUGGUUACGAUCAGCUAUUGCCAUGAUGACUAUGACUACAAUAUUUUAAGAAGAAUAAAUAACAAAAUAAUAUAAAGUCACACAUAGUUUAUUAUUUUAUAAUAGAAAUACUAAAAAAAGAAGUGAUUGGAUAGACGACUCUAAAUUAUAAGUUAAAAAGAUUUCAACCAAAUUUCUUAGCUAACUCAACUUCUAACUAACCAUAGCUUAAUAAGGAUAGCUGCAGAAUGUCCUAUCAAUAUAGAAAUAAAAGAUAAAUUAGUCUCCCUUAUUUAAAAGAUGUCGAUAUUUAUCAGAAUAAAUUGAUAUUAGAGAUCCACAAUUGAUAGAAAGAAAGAUGACAAUGGAUGCUGAAUAUUAAGUCUAAUUAAGACAAGAGAAUCCUCCAAGGAUGUCCUUAAAUAAUCUCAAUUUAUCUUUUGUUUCAAUAUACUCAAAAAAAGAGGAGGUAGAACUAUUAUUUACACCUGAGGAGGCAGCAUUAAAAUUAAAAGAUAAGACAUUUUUGGAAGAGGACUAUGAAAUUAAUUUGAUGACUGGAGAUCCUACAACCAAUAAAUUAAAUUUAUCGAAUCAUGGACAAUAAUUAGAUAAUAAAUCAUAGUUAUUACUACUUCCUGUGUGUAUCUAAAAUGAAUUGUUAAUUUCUUAGAUUAUGGUGUCUCAAAAACUUUCAAAUGAAGAUAAAAUCAAUUAAUCAAUUCUAUUGGAUUCUUUAAAAGACAUUCAGUAAGCAUCAAAAAAUAGGAGAAUAAGAUCUAUAUAAAUAAACAGAUUAUUAAGUUUUUAUAGAUAAAUGUGUUGA